UGAUGACUUCGUCCAGCCAUCAAGCAGGCCUGCCUCGGGACGACAUUUUGCAAAGUUUCAACAAGCAAGCGAACAAUGAGCGACCACUCAUGUUGCUUUCAACCAGCACGAAUUCGCUGCCAGGGUGUCUCCAUCGCGGGCUUUGACGCCCUACAAGCUUUCGGAGGUGGGUGCCUGGGCGGGAACCUUCCAGGUUCAAUCAGUGGAAGGCACGGCCUUCGAUGACUUAUAAGGCGCCGGUGCCAGCUGUGCUUUUGGCCCAUUUCCAAACGAAAGUGAAUUUCCUGCAUCUUGAAAGCACCAAAAUAGUGACACUCACAGCCAGCUACCGUUGUUCAUCACUUGCCAUCAGCCUCACGCCCAAACUCGGUGACAUCAUCUAUUCUAGCCCCACAAUUAGUCGCAGAACCCUUCGCUGCAUCCAAACAUGGUCGAAUUCCAGAUCGUCUCGGACUUGCAUCUCGAGAGUCCCAAGGCCUACGACAGCUUCGAAAUUAGCCCUCGCGCACCAUACCUUGCACUCCUGGGAGAUAUUGGCUGCACAAAGCACAGGAAUGGCUAUCUAGGUUUUCUCAGGCGGCACCUGCAUCUGUUCAAGAUUGUCUUCCUCGUGCUUGGCAACCACGAACCCUGGUACUCGUCAUGGGACGAUUCGAGAGAACAAAUGCGGGAAUUCGAGGAGACAAUCCGCCACGAGAGAAAUACAGAUGCAACCCUUGGGGAGUUUGUCUUCCUAGACAAAUCUGCCUACACAUUCUCGCCUGCCUCCGAUGGCAAGGUCACUGUACUUGGCUGCACCUUGUUCUCCCGCGUUCCCGAGCACGCGCUCAAAGCCGUCAGUUUCGGCAUAAAGAACUUCUACCAUAUUUCGGGCUGGACAGUGGAGGAGCACGAUGAGAAUUUCCAGCAGGAACUGUCCUGGCUGAACGACCAGGUGCGCAACCGUCAGGACAAAGACGACAGGCUCGUCAUCUUCACGCACCACAGUCCAAGUUUGGACGACAGAGCCAUGGAUCCCAAGCACAAGAACAGCCUCAUACUCUCAGGGUUCGCGAGCGAUCUGUCGUCGGAAGUCUGCUGGACGAGUCCGAACGUCAAGCUCUGGGCGUUUGGUCACAAUCAUUUCAACUGCGACUUUAUCGAUGAGGUGCACCAGAUCAGAGUUUUCACCAAUCAACGAGGAUAUGCCAUCAGCCAGUCGCACGGUUUCGAUGCUGAAAAGAUUGUUAUCAUCAAGCAGUGUGAAUCGAAAAUUGUGUUGAGUUUAUUUGAAGACUCCGAUGUGACUUUUCCCGUGGAGUCGUGGCUUCAUCGCACCUUGUUCUCCCACGAAAGGCGGGAGCGACAACAAAGCACUUCCAUAAGCAGAUAAAAGUUCCCCACGAGUACAGAACAAUCGGCUCUCAGUGUAUGCUGGCGGCAGUCGAGUCAAAUUUCAUCUGCUGUCAGAUUUGAUGCUGAACCUUUUCUAUCCUUAUUUGUAGCACGGAAAUGACAUUCUGUCCCUUAUCCGA